UUUUGGGAUGUGUCCACUUUGAAGGAAUUCUUCUCCUCAGAAGUGCACAGCCAAGCCUACACCUGGCGUGACACCUAUGCGGAAGUGGACAGGAUGGUUGGCAUUUUGUCUGAGUCCAUUGAGUGCAUCUCGUUGGACAAGAUCCAGGCAGUGGACUCGGAGGAGCAGCUGGUCUGGAAAGCCAUGCAGUUGCUGGAGGAUCGGCAGUUCUGGGCCGGGGUUGUCUUUCUCCUGCCGAACCACCAGGAUGAGCCGGCGGCAGAGCUGCCUUCCCACAUCCACUUCAAAAUCCGAAUGGACAUUGACGAUGUGACCCGUACCAAUAAGAUCAAGGACAGGUUCUGGGAUCCAGGACCAGCGGCCGACCCCUUUGAUGACUUGCGCUACGUGUGGGGUGGCUUUGUCUACCUUCAGGACCUUGUGGAGCAAGCAGUGAUACGGGUUCUCGCCGGGCCGCAAGCCCGUACUGGGAUCUACAUACAACAGAUGCCGUACCCUUGCUACGUGGAUGAUAUCUUCCUGCGUGUUUUGAACCGCUCCUUGCCUCUGUUUAUGACGCUGGCUUGGAUCUAUUCCGUGGCAAUGAUCAUCAAGGGGGUGGUCCACGAGAAAGAAGCUCGCCUGAAAGAGACGAUGAAGAUCAUGGGACUCAGCAGCGCUACCCUGUGGCUGAGCUGGUUCCUCUCCAGCUUCAUCCCCUUCCUCAUCAGCGCGUCCUUGCUUGUUCUCAUUCUCAAGGUGGGAGACAUCCUGCCCUACAGUGACCCGGCCGUGGUCUUCCUCUUCCUGGCCACCUUUGCGGUGGCCACGAUCACCCAGUGUUUCCUCAUCAGCACCUUGUUCUCCCGCGCCAACCUGGCUUCAGCCUGCGGUGGAAUCAUCUACUUCUCCUUCUACCUGCCCUACGUCCUGUGUGUGGCCUGGCGUGACCAUAUCUCCUUUCCUCUGCGCCUCUUUGUGAGCCUCUUGUCUCCAGUUGCGUUUGGCUUCGGCUGCGAGUAUUUCUCCCUGUACGAGGAGCAGGGCGUGGGCCUGCAGUGGUUCAACCUCAACUCCAGCCCCGUGGAAGGAGACAGCUACACCUUUGCCACGUCUGUCGGACUGCUUCUGCUGGAUGCUUUCCUGUAUGGGGUGGCCACGUGGUACAUUGAAGGCGUCUUCCCAGGCCAAUAUGGGAUUCCGAAGCCUUGGAAUUUUCCUUUCCGGAAGAGUUAUUGGUUUGGAGAAUCAUUCCUGGGCGGUUCCCCCCAUCCCAUUCCUACAGAUUCUCCCAGCUCAGCGGAAAGCAUUGUGGAAGAUCCGCCGACCCACUUAAACGUGGGCGUCUCCAUCCGCAGCCUGGUGAAGAUCUACCACAGCGGCAGCAAAAUCGCCGUCAACGGCCUGAGCCUCGACUUCUACGAGGGCCAGAUCACGUCCUUUCUGGGACACAACGGCGCUGGCAAGACCACCACCAUGUCCAUCUUGACCGGCCUCCUGCCCCCCAGCUCAGGGACGGCCUAUAUCCUGGGGAGAGACAUCUGCUCGGAAAUGGACACCAUCCGCAAGACGUUGGGGAUGUGUCCUCAGCACAACGUUCUCUUUGACAUUCUGACUGUGGAAGAGCACAUCUGGUUUUAUGGCCUCCUGAAAGGGCUCUCUGGACAACAGCUUCGAGAUGAGAUGGAGCAGAUAAUACAAGAUGUGGGGCUGCCCCAUAAGCGGGGGGAACAGACCAAGAAGCUGUCAGGUGGGAUGCAGCGCAAACUCUCCGUGGCCAUUGCGUUCGUGGGCGGCUCCAAGGUGGUGAUUCUAGACGAGCCCACGGCGGGCGUCGACCCCUAUUCCCGCCGAGGCAUCUGGGAACUGCUGCUGAAAUACCGUGCAGGCCGGACCAUCAUCUUGUCCACCCACUACAUGGAGGAGGCAGACCUGCUUGGGGACCGUGUGGCCAUAAUUUCUCAGGGCCGGCUCUGCUGCUGCGGUUCCUCACUCUUCCUCAAGACCAAACUGGGGACAGGGUACUAUCUGACCCUGGUGAAGCGGGAGGGCUGGAGCGGCUGCAGCUCGGCCGGCCCCGCCGGUGGCGCUGUGUCCCCCAACAGAAAGGCUGACAGUGAUUCCGAGAGGAGCUGCGACACGGGACUCGGGAGCGAACCCAACAGCGAGGCCAAUGCCACCAGUGAGUUACACCUCCUGGAUGUGCUCCAGCUGUCAGCUGUGAUCCAGAAGCUGGUGCCGGGAUCUUGUCUGGUGGAGGAAAUUGGCCAGGAAAUACUAUAUGUCCUGCCGUAUAGUGGAGCAAAAGAUGGUACUUACGGGGCUUUAUUCCAAGAGCUGGACGCUCGGCUGGCUGAAUUUGGCAUCUCGGGAUACGGCAUUUCGGACACCAGCUUGGAAGAGAUUUUCCUGAAAGUUGCAGAGGAUACAGGUGUGGAUGCAGCAGGGGAUGCAGAUACCUUCUCCCAGGGUGUCAAAGUGGCAACUUCAGCAUCUUCUUGCCCCAUCAGGAAGCUGAACGAGGACGUGGACACAGCUGAGGCAGAGAUCGAGGAAGCAAAGGAGACGGAUCUCUUGCAGGGCACGGGAGCCCAGGUUUCUUCCCGGUUGACAGGGUGGGCACUGACUUGCCAACAACUCCGUGCGCUCUUCAUCAAGAGACUCCUGUAUACCAGCCGUAGCACCAGAGGACUCUUUGCACAAAUUGUGCUCCCAGCUGCCUUUGUCUGCAUUGCGCUUUUCUUCAGCCUGAUCGUCCCGCCGUUUGGCAAGUAUCCACCCUUGCUCCUGGAGCCCUGGAUGUAUGGAAUCCAGUCCACCUUUUUCAGCGAUGAGUCUCCAGGGGACGCUGGUUCUGCCCGUCUUUUGCAAGGAUUUCUGGAUGAUCCUGGCUUUGGCACUAAAUGCAUGAAGGAUAGUAUGGAAGGGGUGGACCCAUGCCAGAUGUCCGCUUCCGGCGAGCAAAGCUUCUCCGUCCCAGAGGUUGCUCCAUCUUUGGUGAAGGUUUUCCAGAGCGGCAACUGGACUCUGGCCGCUCCAUCCCCUGCUUGUGUGUGCAGUUCCCCGUCAUCCCGGAAGAUGCUUCCUGAGUGCCCCGAAGCCGCAGGGGGGCUGCCCCCUCCUCAGGUGCAGAGGAACACGGGCGACAUCCUGCACAACCUCACGGGAAGGAACAUCUCCGACUACCUUGUGAAAACCUACCCAAAAGUCAUUCGCAAGGGGUUAAAAAGCAAGAAAUGGGUGAACGAACAAUGGUAUGGUGGUUUCUCUCUGGGUGCCCAAAGCUCACAGGCCCUUCCAUCGUCUGAGGAGGUGGCCAGCGUCAUAAAGCGCCUUCGCAGCCUGCUAGACAUCAUCGAGGGAAGUUCCCUCGACAGAUUUCUGAAUGCCCUUGCGGGUUUUGUGGAGGCCUUGGAAACACGGCACAACGUGAAGGUCUGGUUUAACAACAAAGGCUGGCACGCCAUGGUGUCCUUUGUCAACGUUGCCAACAAUGGGAUUUUGCGGGCCAGCCUGCCGGCUGGAGCCAACCCCUCUCUCUACGGUAUCACCACCACCAACCACCCCCUCAACCUGACGAAAGAGCAGCUCUCGGAAGCAGCCCUGAUGGCCACCUCGGUGGACGUGCUUGUCUCCAUCUGCGUCAUGUUCGCCUUGUCUUUUGUCCCUGCGAGCUUUGCCCUCUUUCUGAUCGAGGAACGCGUCAGCAAAGCCCAACACCUCCAGAUCGUCAGCGGCAUGAAACCCGUGGUCUAUUGGCUGGGCAAUUUUGCCUGGGAUAUGUGCAACUACCUCGUCUCGGCGGUUCUGGUGGUGCUGAUUUUCCUGUGUUUCCAACAAAAGGCGUACGUGUCCUCGGCCAACCUCCCGUCCCUGAUUCUGCUGCUCCUGCUUUAUGGCUGGUCCAUCACGCCUCUGAUGUAUCCAGCCUCCUUCCUCUUCACCGUUCCCAGCACCGCCUACGUGGCGUUGACAUGUGUCAACCUUUUUAUCGGCAUCAAUGGGAGUGUGGCGACCUUUGUCCUGGAGCUUUUCACUGACCAGAAAUUGAAAAAAGUCAACAGUAUUCUUAAAAAGGUUUUUCUGAUAUUUCCGCACUUCUGUCUGGGCCGUGGGCUGAUAGACAUGGUCAAAAACCAAGCCAUGGCGGAUGCCUUCGAAAGGUUUGGUGAUCAAAAGUUUGUGUCACCACUAAGUUGGGACCUGGCCGGGAAAAAUAUGUUUGCAAUGGCUGUGGAAGGCGUCAUCUUUUUCUGCUUCACCAUUUUGGUACAGUACAAAUUCUUCAUCCAUCUUCGGCCUUUUGCUGACCAACUUCCCCCUCUGGGGGAGGAAGAUGAGGAUGUUGCCCAAGAACGGGUCCGGGUGACCAGUGAUGUGCCCAAGAAGGACAUCCUCGUGCUGAAGGAUCUGACCAAGGUCUACCGGAAGACAAAGAAGCCAGCCGUGGAUCGCCUGUGCCUGGGAAUCCCUGCAGGAGAGUGUUUCGGCCUCCUGGGUGUGAAUGGUGCUGGGAAGACAUCGACCUUCAAAAUGCUGACGGGAGACACGGAGAUAACUUUGGGAAGUGCCUCUCUGAAAGGCUACAGUGUGCUCAGCGAUCUCCAAGCUGUCCACCAAAAUAUGGGCUACUGUCCCCAGUUCGAUGCCAUCAACAACUUGCUGACGGGCCGUGAACACCUCUCCUUCUAUUCCCGCGUGCGUGGAAUCCCCGAGAGUGAGAUACCUGCGGUGGUUAAGUGGGGGUUAUCGACGCUUGGCUUAGUGCAGUAUGCGGACAGGCCGGCUGGCCGGUACAGCGGAGGCAACAAACGAAAGUUGUCCACAGCCAUCGCGCUCAUUGGAGCCCCACCUGUGAUCUUCCUGGACGAGCCGACCACGGGGAUGGAUCCUCGGGCAAAGCGGUUCCUGUGGAACUGCAUUCUCUGUGUGAUCAAGGACGGCAGGUCCGUGGUGCUGACUUCCCACAGCAUGGAAGAAUGUGAGGCGCUGUGUACCAGGAUGGCCAUCAUGGUGAACGGACGCUUCUGCUGCCUUGGGAGUGUGCAACAUUUGAAAAACAAGUUUGGAGACGGGUACACCAUCAUCCUUCGUGUCUCUGGGAGCAACCAAGACCUGGACCCGGUGGAGAAGUUCAUCCAGGACUCCUUCCCGAGCAUUGUCCUUAAGGAGAAACAUCACAGCACUCUGCAGUACCAGCUUCCCUCUUGCAACGUUUCCCUGGCCAAGAUCUUUGGUAUCCUCUCAGCGCAUCAGAGCGAGUACCAAAUUGAAGACUACUCUGUGUCCCAAACAACCCUCGAUCAGGUGUUUGUGCACUUUGCCAAGGACCAAAAUGAUGAAAAGCACCCUGGGGAGGCAUCCCACCUGGAGCAUGCCCACAAUGCUUGGAGACGGAUCCUGCCAUUCUUGAACAAUGAGGAGCAGCAAGAGAGCAGGGUCUGAACAUCCAAGAGCACCUGCACCCAGGUAUAACGAGCAGAGUCUCCACAGUCUCGGAGAGAGACUCCCAUCCACAUGCUGGACACCCUUCCGGGCAGGCACGACCUUUCUCAAAGAGAGAAUGCAAGAACGGGGAAUCUGGAUUUGAU